AUGCAGAAAGCGUUAAAGAAGUAUUUCGUGAACAUGGACGAGUACCUAGCCAGUAUCGGUUUGUACCGAAAAAUGAUGGCUCGGGACGCGUCCUGUUUAUUUCGAGCUGUUUCUGAGCAGCUUUAUUAUUCUCAGAAUUACCACCAAAAAGUAAGAAAGGGCUGCGUCGACUUCAUGAGGGCAAAUAGAUGCAACUUCGAGCCUUUUGUUGAAGGCUCCUUUGAGAAGUAUUUGGAACGAUUGGAGGACCCGAAGGAGACAGCAGGACAGGUGGAGAUAAAGGCUUUGUCUCUACUUUACAGGCGGCACUUCGUCAUUUACAGGUACCCCGGGAAGACACCAACUGAGAUUGGGGAGGAGGAAGACAAGGACAUGUCAAAGAUUUUGCUCUGUUGCUCAAACAAUGGCCACUAUGACAUUGUGUACCCAAGGACUUAUCCGGUGGUUGCAGCAAUAUGCCAGUCUCUGCUAUAUGAAUUGUUGUACACACAAGUUCUGGGCAUUGAAGAAGAGGAUCUGCAUAUAGCACUUGAUGGGUUCAGAGGAGGUGGGAGACGCUACAGGAACAGCAUGUCCAUGUGCAGUGAGGAUGCUGGUUAUGAUACUCCUGAUGACAGAACUCCAAGAGAGGAAUGGGAGCUUAGUGGUUAUGUCCACUCUGAGGAAAAAGCCAGAGUCGGAACUGAGGACCAAAAGAUUUCUGAUGGACCAGCAAAACUUGCUCUUCCCUACAAGGUACUGAAGGCCUUAGAGCCUGAGCUGUACCGCAAUGUGGAGUUUGAUGUGUGGCAUGACAGUCGCAAAGAACUCCAGAAAACUGAUUAUAUGGUGUUUGCUGGCAGACAGUACUUCCUGGGAGAUAAGUGUCAGGUGCGAUUAGACCCAAAAGGAAAGUAUUAUAAUGCUUUCAUUCAGGAAGUAGGGACACAUCCCAGUGCUGUGACUGUGUUUAUUGAAGAGUUAGGGGAAAAACACUUGGUGUCCCUCACUAAUCUGAAGCCAGUAAAUCCGGUCCCAGCAUGGAAUAUAACACCAAGCAGAAAGGGCAGCUCCUACAGCCAUGCUGAGCAGUAUUCGGGUGAACUGGAUGCAGAGCUGCGUGUACGCCGCAGAUUUUUCAAAAAGGCUCGAGGUAAAGAGAUGCUGAUGGCAGUGUCUUAUGGUCGUCCUCAGCACGGUCUGCCUCCACGCCUGCAACCUUGUCCAGGAAACAUGGCCCCUGUUCGAGCUCCUGGAGUUCAUGGCCCUGCUCCACCCCCUGCAGGCAUAGCUUAUGAACACUAUCGCCCACACCCAGCCCCCAGACCAACGCGUGGUUAUGGGCCAUCCAGAAGCUCGGCCCGGUUCCUGAACAGACACCAUGUAAUUGCACCAGAAGUGGCCUACUACUCUAGUCCUGGUAAACGCUGCUACCAGAGCUUCGACAAUUAUACAUUCAAGUCACGCAGAAGCAGGCGUCAAAUGCACUCACUGAAUAAGGACUGUCAGUUCAGCUUUGUGCCUGAGUCAGCAGAGGAAGCCCAGGACCUGGAGGGAAGCAUCACCUUUUAUGAGAUGGAGGAGGCAGAUGAGAAUGCUUUUACUCCCAUACCAGGACAAGCUGUUCCUAGUGCCAUGGUUCCAGGUACUGCUACCUACUGGGUGCCAAGAGGCCCAAGCCCUCUUCCACCAGGCAAACAGCCCAUAACAUCAUCUGAAGAGGAUCCUGAUGAGAGAAGCAUCACUGGAGACCAUGGUGAAUACCCAGAGGAGUAUAUCUAUUCUGCUUCUGAAGCAGGAUUUCCAAACCCAACGGUUUAUGCUGCUGAGUCUAGUGCCAACCUGACCAUUCAAGAGGGAGGCUCUCGUGCUGGAUCACCACAAGAAGGCGUUGCUACCUACAGUUACUCACAACAGGUGGUGGUAAAGUCGGCAGUUAUUUCUUCCUCUCAGCCAGUCAACUCUGCCCCAGCUGCCAUCUUUACCUCCAACUCUUCUUCUUCCUCAAGCGGAAGUUCUCAAAGCCCUCCAAAUCACCUGCAGACCUCCAACAUUACCCCAGGGCAACCACCACCCCUGCACACACUGGGCAGGCCAGUACCACCCAUGCAGAUUCCUGCUUCUACAUGGUUUGUGAAUGAAUUAGGAGAGCCGGUCACCGUGGCCCCUCCUCCACCCUACUCCUAUGACCCCAAUGGCAGUGAUCUCCCUAGAGAUUGCAAGGUUCUCCAGUAUUUUUUCAACUUAGGUGUGCAGACUUAUCAGCAAACCUACUGGCACUCUAUGAUGCACAUACAGCAGGUAUACCCACAGCCUGGUGCAGAGCCACAGUUCCAGCAUUACUCAGCCACUGCUACCCCUGACCACACGGUGCCCCAACCGUACCCUGAGACUACACGGUCAUGCCCACCACCUCAGGCCGAGACUCCCAGCAAUGGCACUGCUGUGGCUGUAGAACCCUCCACUGUGGCAGCACCGAGCACUGUGUUCUUCCCGUUGGUGCAGGAACAGUGCCAGCAGUCCCUCCACUCACCCUAUGAGCCCUACAUGCCUGUGCUCUCUACCACCUACCACUACCUCACGCCUUGGACCCCUGGGCCUAUCCCGAAUCCACGUUUCCACCAUACCCCAUAUUGUCCCUCUUCCCACACUCAUGUCAACUACAUCAACCCCCCAACACACCCUGCACAGUUUGUGCCUUCUGGUAUGUAAUAUGUAUCUAAUCCCCCAAUUUCACUACCUAUACACACUGUUCUGUUUUAUUUGGUUGUUUAUGUUGUUUAUUAUUUUUGUGUUCACUAUAUUGCACUGUUUGUUUUUGUAAUGUUGUUAAUAUAUAUUGUUUUGCUAUUUUCUUAAUAAAAGUUAUGUUUCCCAA